CGUCACUACAAUCAAUCAGCUAUAUUUCUUCUUGUAGACUUCGCAGAGACAAUCCUCUUCCUCGCUCGCUCAACGAAAUAUAACAGAAAGGGGAAUAUUUAUUUAUUUACUUUUUCAGAAAACAUAAAUCGAAGCUUUUUUUUUGGCUACAGAUCGCUAUCUCAUUCUCGUUCAAUUAAUAAAAAGAUGAAUGAGAAUAAAGGUGGAAGGAAGACCAAUAGAUUUUCUAAACCGGCGUCUAAAUUGGCAUCAACUGACUCCUAUCCACUUGUUUUGGACAUAGAGGACUUCAAGGGCGACUUUUCAUUUGAUGCCUUGUUCGGAAAUUUAGUAAACGAGUUGCUGCCUUCUCAUUUAGAAGAAGAAAUUGACGCCUCAGAAGGACAUGGUGGAAAUGAUGUUAUGCCAAAUGGUCAUUUACGAACUCCAUCUGACACGGGAAAGUCAGCACAAGGGCUAUCAAGUCCAUUAUUUCCUGAAGUAGAUGCUCUACUAUCUUUGUUUAAGAAUUCGUCUACACAGUUGAUUGAUCUCCGAAAAGAGAUUGAUGGGAAACUCUACAAUCUCAAAAAGGAAGUUGCUGCCCAGGACUCUAAGCACCGGAAGACACUUACCGAGCUGGAAAAAGGUGUCGAUGGCUUGUUUACUAGUUUUGCAAGGCUGGAUUCUCGUAUAUCAAGUGUUGGCCAGACUGCUGCUAAAAUAGGAGAUCAUCUGCAGAGUGCAGAUGCUCAACGGGAAACUGCGAGUCAAACGAUAGACCUCAUAAAGUACUUGAUGGAAUUCAAUAGUAGUCCGGGCGACCUAAUGGAACUUUCGGCUUUGUUCUCUGAUGACAGUCGUGUCGCUGAGGCUGCUUCCAUUGCACAAAAAUUGAGAUCAUUUGCUGAGGAAGAUAUUGGAAGACAAAGCAUGACUGUCUCAUCAGUUGUUGGGAAUGCAACUGCAAGCAGAGGAUUGGAAGUUGCUGUUGCGAACCUCCAAGAAUAUUGCAACGAACUGGAGAAUAGAUUGUUGGACAGAUUUGAUGCAGCAUCACAAAGAAGGGAAUUGUCAACAAUGGCAGAGUGUGCAAAAAUUUUGUCGCAGUUUAACAGGGGUACCAGUGCUAUGCAACACUAUGUGGGAUUACUUCCAAUGUUUGAUUUGGAGGUUAUGAAUGCAGACACUAGAUUGGUUCUUGGUGACCCUGGUUCCCAACCUAGUCCUAGCAAUGUAGCAAGUGGUCUCUCUUCAUUAUACGAGGAAAUUACAGAAACUGUGAGGAAAGAGGCAGCCACAAUAAUGGCAGUGUUUCCUUCUCCAGAUGAUGUCAUGUCAAUAUUGGUCCAGAGAGUGCUGGAAGAUAGGGUUCCCAAACUUCUUGAGAAGUUGUUGAUGAAGCCCUCUCUAGUUAAUCCACCUUCCAUGGAAGAAGGUGGACUUAUUUUAUAUCUUAGAAUGCUAGCAGUGGGAUAUGAGAAGACACAAGAGCUUGCUAGAGAUUUACGUGGUGUAGGGUGUGGUGACUUAGAUGUUGAAGGCCUAACAGAGUCUCUCUUUCUUCCCCAUAAAGAUAUAUAUAUUGAGUAUGAGCAGGCGUCUCUUAGGCAGCUAUAUAAAGCAAAGAUGGAGGAACUGCGUGCUGAAACUCAGCAGUCAAAUGAGUCAACUGGAACAAUCGGGCGCUCAAAAGGUGCUUCCUUAGCAUCUUCCCACCAGCAGAUAUCUGUCACCGUAGUGACAGAGUUUGUGCGCUGGAAUGAAGAAGCAAUAUCUAGAUGCACUUUGUUCUCGUCACAGCCUGCUACCCUUGCAGCUAAUGUAAGAGCUGUUUUUACGUGCCUUCUAGACCAGGUCAGUCUAUACAUAACAGAAGGGCUAGAAAGAGCUAGAGACAGCUUGACGGAGGCUGCAGCACUGAGGGAACGGUUUGUGCUGGGAACUAGCGUUAGUCGAAGAGUUGCUGCUGCAGCUGCUUCAGCUGCAGAAGCUGCUGCCGCUGCUGGUGAAAGCAGCUUCAGAUCUUUCAUGGUUGCUGUACAGCGUUGUGGAAGUAGCGUGGCAAUUGUCCAGCAAUACUUUGCAAACUCUAUUUCUCGGCUUUUGCUACCUCUGGAUGGUGCUCAUGCUGCUGCCUGUGAAGAAAUGGCAUCGGCCAUGUCCAGUGCAGAAGGCGUUGCUUACAAAGGGCUUCAACAAUGCAUUGAAACCGUUAUGGCUGAGGUGGAGCGAUUGAUAUCAGCCGAACAAAAAGCAACAGAUUAUCGGUCACCUGAUGAUGGUAUUGCUCCUGAUCAUCGGCCGACAAAUGCCUGCACAAGAGUUGUGGCCUAUCUUUCCCGUGUGCUUGAGGCUGCUUUCACAGCUCUAGAAGGUCUUAACAAACAAGCCUUCCUGACUGAAUUGGGAAAUCGCUUGCACAAGGGGCUGCUUAAUCAUUGGCAAAAGUUCACUUUUAACCCAAGCGGAGGACUACGGCUGAAACGUGAUAUAACAGAAUACGGGGAAUUUGUUCGUGGUUUUAAUGCUCCUUCAGUUGAUGAGAAAUUCGAGUUGCUCGGCAUCAUGGCCAAUGUCUUCAUUGUGGCCCCUGAAAGCCUGUCGACUCUUUUUGAGGGAACUCCAAGUAUUCGGAAAGAUGCACAAACGUUUAUUCAGCUCAGAGAGGACUACAAGAGUGCAAAGCUGGCAGCUCGACUCAGCUCCUUGUGGGCUGGCUCUAGUUAAAGCACAAAUUGCAUGCUGAAGAAGAUAGGAUUCAAGAAUUCAGUAGUUGAUCAUGACAAGGUGUUAAACUAGCCUGCUUCUUACGCAAUACCUUGUCAGGAGCAGAAAUGCAGCUACUUGAAUUGCAAGCUCAGCAUUGGAAAUUCUAACAGCUUGUCACUUCCUCUGUUUUCCUCUCUAGAUAGUUUUUUCUAAUAUAAAAAAAAAAAACUUCCUUGCUAUUCUAGGCGUUGGUUCAUGAGAAUUUCAGUAAAGGACUUGCUUAUUUGCUGUGUGCUUUUGUUUUUCUUGCAAUAUGAUUUAUACAAGUGAAGUUCAUGUCCGGGAUUACAUCUGUAUGAAUUGAUUAUGAACAAUACAUUCUGGAUGGUAUAUAUUUGCAUACUUGUGCUAGAUUUUUCAAUCGACCAUCCCGAACUUGGACGAAACCUUCUAUAGUGACAAUAAUGUUAUUCCAUAGUA